ACAGUGGAUUUCUCAUCGCGCUUUUCUGUGAUCAGCAUUGGAAGCUAUCGAUCAGCGAUGGGAAACCAAAGGCAAAAAAUACCCCAGCAAAAAAAAAAAAAAAAAGAAAAAAAGUGCAUGACCAAAAAAGCAAGUGACUGCUGGCGAAGGAUGGCUAUAUAAGAAGGAUGGCAGGACGCCCUCAAGGACUGACAGGCGACGAGUCAAGAAUCCUCACCAAACCAUCAUUCACAUUUCUGAAGAGGGUGGGAAGAGAUAAAGCAUCAUCAUGAGCGGGGACGCAGAAAUGGAGUGUUUCGGCCCGGCGGCCGUCUAUCUGCGCAAGCCGGAAAAAGAGCGAAUCGAAGCCCAGAACACUCCCUUUGACGCCAAGACAUCGUUCUUUGUGACUGAACCCGGCGAGAUGUACCUCAAGGGCAAACUGCAGAAAAGAGAGGGUGGUAAAGCCACCGUGGAAACGCUAUGUGGGAAGACUCUGACAGUAAAAGAGGAUGAAAUCUUCCCCAUGAAUCCACCAAAGUUUGACAAGAUUGAGGACAUGGCCAUGAUGACCCACCUCAGUGAGCCCGCUGUGCUGUAUAACCUCAAAGAGCGCUAUGCAGCGUGGAUGAUCUACACCUACUCUGGGUUGUUCUGCGUCACUGUGAACCCCUACAAGUGGCUCCCAGUGUACGACUCGGUGGUGGUAUCAGGAUACAGAGGCAAAAAGAGGAUUGAGGCGCCACCCCACAUCUUCUCCAUCUCUGACAACGCCUAUCAGUUCAUGCUCCAAGAUCGGGAAAAUCAGUCUGUCCUCAUCACUGGAGAAUCUGGUGCUGGAAAGACUGUGAACACCAAACGUGUCAUCCAGUACUUUGCGACAAUCGCAGUGGCUGGCGGAAAAAAAGCAGAAUCAAGUGCCAGCAAAAUGCAGGGAUCGCUGGAGGAUCAAAUCAUUGCAGCUAAUCCCCUGCUGGAGGCUUAUGGCAAUGCCAAAACUGUGAGGAAUGACAACUCCUCCCGUUUUGGUAAAUUCAUCAGAAUCCACUUUGGCACCACGGGAAAGCUGGCUUCAGCAGAUAUUGAAACUUACCUGCUGGAGAAGUCUCGUGUGACCUUCCAGCUGUCUGCUGAGAGGAGCUACCACAUCUUCUAUCAGCUCAUGACAGGACACAAACCCGAGCUGCUUGAGGCUCUCCUCAUCACCACCAACCCUUACGACUAUCCCAUGAUCAGUCAGGGAGAAAUUGUUGUCAAGAGCAUCAAUGACAUUGAGGAGUUCAUCGCCACAGAUACUGCCAUCGACAUCCUGGGCUUUACUGCUGAGGAGAAGGUCAGCAUGUACAAGCUGACUGGAGCUGUGAUGCAACAUGGCAACAUGAAGUUCAAGCAGAAGCAGCGUGAAGAGCAGGCUGAGCCUGAUGGCACUGAAAUCGCAGAUAAAAUCUCCUACCUCAUGGGCCUGAACUCUGCUGACCUCCUGAAGGCUCUGUGCUAUCCGAGGGUCAAAGUGGGAAACGAGUUUGUGACGAAGGGUCAGACUGUGCCUCAGGUUAAUAACUCUGUCAUGGCCCUCUGCAAAUCCGUCUAUGAGAAAAUGUUCUUGUGGAUGGUUGUCAGAAUCAAUGAGAUGCUGGACACAAAGCAGCCCAGAAGCUACUUCAUCGGUGUCCUGGAUAUUGCUGGAUUUGAAAUUUUUGAUUUCAACAGCUUGGAGCAGCUGUGCAUCAACUUCACCAACGAGAAACUGCAACAGUUUUUCAACCACCACAUGUUUGUCCUGGAGCAAGAGGAGUACAAGAAAGAAGGAAUCGAAUGGGAGUUCAUUGACUUUGGCAUGGACUUGGCUGCCUGCAUUGAGCUUAUUGAGAAGCCAAUGGGCAUCUUCUCCAUCCUUGAAGAGGAGUGCAUGUUCCCCAAGGCUUCAGACACAACCUUCAAGAACAAACUGUAUGACCAGCAUCUUGGUAAGAACAAGUCCUUUGAGAAGCCAAAACCAGCCAAAGGCAAGGCUGAGGCUCACUUCUCCUUGGUGCACUACGCUGGCACGGUGGACUACAACAUUGUCGGCUGGCUGGACAAGAACAAGGACCCGCUGAACGACUCAGUUGUUCAGCUCUACCAGAAGUCCUCCAUCAAGCUGCUGUCCUUCCUGUAUGCAUCCCAUGCCUCAGCAGACGCUGAGAGUGCCGGUGGCAAGAAAGGUGGCAAGAAGAAGGGUGGUUCCUUUCAAACUGUGUCUGCAUUGUUCAGGGAGAAUCUGGGCAAACUGAUGACAAAUCUGAGAAGCACACAUCCUCAUUUUGUGCGCUGCCUGAUUCCCAACGAAUCUAAGACACCAGGUCUGAUGGAGAACUUCUUGGUCAUCCACCAGCUACGUUGUAACGGUGUGCUGGAAGGCAUUAGGAUCUGCAGGAAAGGUUUCCCCAGCAGAAUCCUUUAUGGUGACUUCAAGCAGAGAUACAAAGUGUUGAAUGCUAGCGUCAUCCCUGAGGGUCAGUUUAUUGAUAACAAGAAGGCAUCAGAGAAACUUCUGGGUUCCAUCAAUGUGGAUCACACGCAGUACAAGUUUGGCCAUACCAAGGUGUUCUUCAAAGCCGGCCUGCUGGGUACACUAGAAGAGAUGAGAGAUGAGAAACUGGCUGAGUUGGUCACAAUGACUCAGGCUCUGUGCAGAGGCUACCUCAUGAGACGAGAGUUUGUCAAGAUGAUGGAGAGGAGGGAGGCCAUUUACUCCAUCCAGUACAACAUCCGCUCAUUCAUGAAUGUCAAAACAUGGCCAUGGAUGAAGCUGUACUUCAAGAUCAAGCCUCUGCUGAAGAGUGCAGAGACUGAGAAGGAGAUGGCACAAAUGAAAGAAGACUUUGAAAAAACCAAGGAUGAUCUUGUAAAGGCUUUGGCCAAGAAGAAGGAAUUGGAGGAGAAGAUGGUUUCUCUCCUGCAGGAGAAGAAUGACCUCAUGUUGCAAGUGCAAUCUGAUGGUGAAAACCUUGCUGAUGCUGAGGAAAGGUGUGAGGGGCUCAUCAAAGCCAAAAUCCAGCUGGAGGCCAAACUCAAAGAGACAACUGAGAGGCUGGAGGAUGAGGAGGAAAUCAACGCUGAGCUGACGGCCAAGAAGAGGAAGCUGGAGGACGAGUGCUCUGAGCUGAAGAAAGACAUUGAUGACUUGGAGCUCACCCUGGCUAAAGUAGAGAAGGAGAAACACGCCACUGAGAACAAGGUUAAAAACCUGACAGAGGAGAUGGCCUCUCAAGAUGAGACCAUUGCCAAGUUGUCCAAAGAGAAGAAAGCCCUCCAAGAGGCCCAUCAGCAGACCCUGGAUGACCUUCAGGCAGAGGAAGACAAAGUCAACACUCUGACCAAGGCCAAGACCAAGCUGGAGCAGCAAGUGGAUGAUCUUGAAGGGUCCCUGGAGCAAGAAAAGAAGCUUCGUAUGGAUCUUGAACGAGCUAAAAGGAAGCUGGAAGGAGAUCUGAAGCUGGCUCAGGAAUCCAUAAUGGAUCUUGAGAAUGACAAGCAGCAGUCUGAUGAGAAAAUAAAGAAGAAGGACUUUGAGAUCAGCCAACUACUGAGUAAGAUUGAAGAUGAGCAAACUCUUGGAGUCCAAUUACAGAAAAAGAUAAAGGAACUUCAGGCUCGUAUUGAGGAGCUGGAGGAGGAGAUUGAAGCUGAGCGUGCUGCUCGAGCCAAGGUGGAGAAGCAGAGGUCUGAUCUUUCCAGGGAACUUGAAGAGAUCAGCGAGCGACUCGAAGAGGCCGGUGGGGCCACCGCUGCUCAGAUCGAGAUGAAUAAGAAACGCGAGGCCGAGUUCCAGAAGCUGCGUCGUGACCUGGAGGAGUCCACCCUGCAGCACGAGGCCACUGCUUCAGCUCUCCGCAAGAAGCAGGCUGACAGCGUGGCAGAACUUGGGGAGCAGAUCGACAACCUUCAGCGGGUCAAACAGAAGCUGGAGAAGGAGAAGAGCGAAUACAAGAUGGAGAUUGACGACCUCAGCAGCAACAUGGAGUCCAUUGCCAAAUCAAAGGCUAACCUUGAAAAGAUGUGCAGGACAUUAGAGGAUCAACUGAGCGAGUUGAAGUCCAAGAAUGAUGAGAAUGUUCGUCAACUAAAUGACAUGAGUGCACAAAAAGCAAGACUUCAGACUGAGAAUGGUGAAUAUACACGUCAGCUGGAGGAAAAAGAAGCCCUGGUGUCUCAGCUCACAAGAGGUAAGCAAGGCUACACCCAGCAGAUUGAAGAGCUCAAGAGGCACAUUGAGGAGGAAGUGAAGGCCAAGAACGCCCUGGCCCACGCUGUCCAGUCCGCCCGUCAUGACUGUGACCUGCUAAGAGAGCAGUAUGAGGAGGAGCAGGAGGCCAAGGCUGAGCUGCAGCGAUCCAUGUCCAAGGCCAACAGCGAGGUGGCUCAGUGGAGAACCAAAUAUGAGACUGAUGCCAUUCAGCGCACUGAGGAGCUGGAGGAGGCAAAGAAAAAGCUUGCCCAGCGUCUCCAGGAUGCAGAGGAGUCCAUUGAGGCAGUCAACUCAAAGUGUGCCUCUCUGGAAAAGACUAAACAGAGGCUGCAAGGUGAAGUGGAAGAUCUGAUGAUCGAUGUGGAGAGAGCCAACUCUCUGGCUGCCAACCUCGACAAGAAGCAGAGGAACUUUGACAAGGUUCUUGCCGAGUGGAAGCAGAAAUAUGAGGAGAGCCAGGCUGAGCUGGAAGGAGCUCAGAAGGAGGCCCGCUCACUUAGCACGGAGAUGUUCAAAUUGAAGAACUCCUAUGAAGAAGCUCUGGACCAUCUGGAGACCCUGAAGAGGGAGAACAAAAACCUGCAACAGGAGAUUUCCGACCUGAGCGAGCAACUUGGAGAAACUGGAAAGACUAUCCAUGAGCUGGAGAAAGGAAAGAAGACAGUGGAAAGCGAGAAGACCGAAAUUCAGACAGCUCUGGAGGAAGCAGAGGCUACUCUGGAGCACGAGGAGUCGAAGAUCCUUCGCGUUCAGCUUGAACUGACCCAAGUCAAGAGUGAGAUCGACAGAAAGCUUGCAGAGAAGGAUGAGGAGAUGGAGCAGAUCAAGAGGAACAGUCAGCGCGUGAUCGAGUCCAUGCAGAGCACUUUGGAUGCUGAGGUCAGGAGCAGGAACGAUGCUCUGAGAAUCAAGAAGAAGAUGGAGGGAGAUCUGAAUGAGAUGGAGAUUCAGCUGAGCCAUGCCAACCGCCAGGCCGCUGAAGCACAGAAGCAACUGAGGAACGUUCAGGGACAACUCAAGGAUGCCCAGCUUCAUCUUGAUGAAGCCCUCAGAGGUCAAGAGGACAUGAAGGAGCAGGUUGCCAUGGUGGAGCGCAGGAACAACCUGAUGCUGGCUGAGAUCGAGGAGCUGAGAGCUGCUCUGGAGCAGACGGAGAGAGGCCGCAAAGUGGCUGAACAGGAGCUGAUUGAUGCCAGUGAGCGUGUUGGUCUGCUGCACUCUCAGAACACCAGCCUUAUCAACACCAAGAAGAAGCUGGAAGCUGACCUAGUCCAGAUCCAGGGUGAAGUGGAAGAUGCUGUGCAGGAAUCAAGAAAUGCUGAAGAAAAGGCCAAGAAGGCCAUCACUGAUGCUGCCAUGAUGGCAGAGGAGCUGAAGAAGGAGCAGGACACUAGCGCUCAUUUGGAGAGGAUGAAGAAGAACCUGGAGGUGACAGUCAAAGACCUGCAGCACCGCCUGGACGAGGCUGAGAAUCUGGCCAUGAAGGGAGGCAAGAAGCAACUCCAGAAACUGGAGGCUCGGGUGCGUGAGCUUGAGGCUGAGGUAGAAGCUGAGCAGAGGAGGGGCUCAGAAGCCGUCAAAGGUGUUCGUAAAUAUGAGAGAAGAGUGAAGGAGCUCUCCUAUCAAACUGAGGAGGACAAGAAAAACGUCAACAGACUCCAGGAUCUGGUGGACAAGCUGCAGCUGAAGGUUAAGGCCUACAAGCGGCAGUCUGAGGAGGCUGAGGAGCAGGCCAACACUCACAUGUCCAGGCUCAGGAAGGUUCAACACGAGCUGGAAGAGGCUCAGGAACGAGCCGACAUUGCCGAGUCACAGGUCAACAAGCUGAGGGCCAAAAGUCGGGAAAUUGGAAAAACGAAGGAUGCUGAAGAAUAAGCUGCAACCUCAGAGACAGACCCAAAGGAGAAUCAUAAAAUAUGAUAUUUCAUUGGAACGCUCUCACUAUAUCCUGUAGAUGUACAUUAAAUAAAUAUAUUUUGCCUGUCA